UAAUUCCUUUAGUGAAAUUAGGACACUGUCAUAAACCAAAAAUCCCAGUAGACAUGAGGACCUCCACUGUACAGGCGCAGCAAUGCAUUCUGGGAUAGAGUCAACAUGUCAGCCCACUGGUUCACUGUGGAUUACCUCAGAGCUUAACGAUUAUUUGACCUAAUGAGCUCGUUUUCUCUUUGAAAUAAGCAUCAAACAUGUUUCAGAUCAUUUGUAGUAAAGCAAGCAUUGCUGCUCCUGUGCGGUCAUUGUCUCUAUACCCGCGAUGUAGUAAAACAGCAGACAUUUGGAAACUGUCACGGUGGUAUGUAUCUCCAGGAUCUACAGGAUACAGUUUUUCACGACAGCCUGGAAAUGCUGUCAGUCGUAUUUGGGGCCUCACUCGGAAAGCUGUCCGUCAGUCUGCCACCCGCACAUCCAAACAACCAGGAGUGGCUCUGAAGUUCAUCUUGGGACCAGCGGUACUCACUGUCUCUGCUCGGCUGUUUUGCCAUGUAGCACAUUGUCAGGAAGAUGUAAAUAACAAUAACCUGGUGGAUGUUGUAUCCACAAAACCUGUACCUGAGUUCAAAUGGCAUAUCCUGUGGGAGUUUGUCAAGCCUCACCUCUUAGCUCUCAUUGGAGCUGUUGUGCUUGCUUUUGGUGCAGCAAUCUUGAAUAUUCAAAUCCCCUUGAUGCUCGGGGAUCUGGUUAAUGUUGUAGCACGUUACCUGAGAGAACAUACUGGGACUUUUGUCCAUGAGAUUCAAGGUCCUGCCCUGAAACUACUUGCACUGUAUGGUGCCCAAGGCCUGCUGACGACUGGCUACAUCAUUCUGCUCUCCCAGGUGGGGGAGAGAGUGGCAGCAGAUAUGAGGAAGGCUCUUUUUGCUUCCUUACUGAGGCAAGAUGUGGCUUUCUUUGAUGCCAAUAAAACUGGUCAGCUCGUGAAUCGUUUGACUGCUGACAUUCAAGAGUUCAAGUCAUCUUUUAAAUUGGUCAUUUCUCAGGGUCUGCGGAGUGUGACACAGACAGUUGGAUGCUUUGUGUCUCUAUAUGUCUUGUCCCCCAAACUCACAGGUUUGACUGUCGUUGUCCUUCCCUGUCUGGUGGGAGCUGGGGCUCUGAUUGGAUCAUUCCUGCGCAAGCUCUCCCGUUUGGCUCAGGAGCAGGUGGCAAAAGCAACAGGAGUGGCAGAUGAGGCUCUUGGCAAUGUGCGGACAGUGAAAGCAUUUGCCAUGGAGGAGCGAGAACUCCGGUCAUUUGCAUAUGAAGUGGACAAAUCAAGUGAAAUGAAUGAAAAUCUUGGUACUGGAAUAGCAGUUUUCCAGGGACUGUCAAAUAUUGCCCUGAAUUGCAUUGUACUGGGAACAAUUUUUGCUGGAGGGAGCUUAGUUUCUCAAAACGAAAUGUCUCCUGGAGACCUCAUGUCCUUUCUGGUUGCAUCCCAGACCGUUCAGAGGUCACUGGCCAGUAUCUCUAUCCUUUUUGGACAGAUGGUGAGAGGAACCAGUGCUGGUGCCCGAGUUUUUGAAUACCUUGUUCUGAAGCCAACGAUCACACUUGCUGGGGGCGGACGCAUCCCAUACCAUUCUCUGACAGGAAGAGUGGACUUCAUGGACAUUUCAUUCAGUUAUCCAACAAGACCUGGCCAUCAGAUUCUGAAUAAGUUCAACUUAACGUUGCCUCCAUGUAAAACUGUUGCCAUUGUUGGAGAAUCUGGAGGAGGGAAGUCCACUGUGGCUUCAUUGCUGGAGCGUUUCUAUGACCCAACCAGCGGCGUAGUCAUGCUGGAUGGACUUGACAUUCGAACACUUGACCUGACCUGGCUCAGGGGUCAAGUCAUUGGAUUUAUCAAUCAGGAGCCAGUAUUGUUUGGGUCAUCUAUCAUGGAGAACAUUCGCUUCGGGAAGCCUGAGGCUACAGACGCCGAGGUCAUUAAUGCAGCGAAGCAAGCCAAUGCUCACCGCUUCAUUACCAGUUUCCCAGACGGCUAUAACACUGUGGUUGGUGAGCGAGGAGUGACCCUAUCAGGUGGCCAGAAACAGCGCGUUGCCAUCGCCCGUGCCCUGAUCAAGAACCCCAGCAUCCUGGUGCUGGAUGAAGCCACCAGUGCCUUGGAUGCGGAAUCUGAGCGGGUGGUGCAGGAGGCCUUGGACAAGGCCACAAGAGGUCGCACUGUGCUCAUCAUCGCCCACCGGCUGAGCACCAUUCAAGGGGCUGACCUCAUCUGUGUAAUGAGCAAUGGCCGCAUUGUGGAGGCUGGUACUCACCUGGAACUGCUGAGCAAAGGAGGACUUUAUUCUGAUCUGAUCCGCAGGCAAAGAGCUGAGGGGCAGAAAUGAACUCUGAAAUAUUGGAGUUAAUGUGCAAUGAGCCUUGCUGAAACAUGAUGAAUUGUAUAGAAUCUAUUUUAAAUCUACCAUCUUAAUGUGACAAUGACAAUUACUACAAACUUCCCUAAUGUACAGUCUUAACACUGUUGUUUUUGUUCUGUAUAGAAUAAGAAACUGUUAUGUAUAGAAAAAAACAUUAAAAUCUGUUUUGAUUGCUCUA